AUUUUUUUGCAGAAAGCAUGCUAACCGCCGCGAAUAUUUUUCCAUUUUCUCCAUUUUCAUCUCCAUCUCAUAAUGGAUCAACACUGAUUUGAUUUCUUUCUUUCUUUCUUUCUUCUCAGAGAUUAACCACACUCAUCAUCUACUUGCAGACCAGAGCAGAGCAGAAGUCUCAGCUUUCUUCCUAUAGCUAUUCUUCAACAACAAGGACUUUUUCUGGAUCUUCUUCACAAAGAUAUGGAAGUGAAUGAGGAGAAUGAUAUGAAAGAACCACUUUUACAGCCUUCUGAUAGUGUGGCAAUCUCUAUUUCUCAGCCCCAUGAUGGAGAUGUGGAAACAAAGAUAAUCAUGUUUAAAAUUAGAGGCGUAGAGUGUGCUUCUUGUUCGGUUUCCAUUGAAUCUGCAGUUGAAAAACUUGAUGGUGUACUAAUUGUGAUGGUCUCACCGAUUGAAGGACAGGCUGUGGUUAAAUAUGUGCCAGAAAUCAUCUCGGCUGUAAGAAUUAAAGAAGCAGUUGAAGACGCAGGUUUUGAAGUUGAUGAGUUUCCAGAUAAAGAUAUAAUUGUGUGCCGGCUCAGGAUUAAGGGGAUGGCAUGCACAAGCUGUUCAGAAUCUAUUGAAAGGGUUCUUCAAAUGGUUAGUGGUGUUAAAAAGGCGGUUGUGGGUUUUGCUCUGGAAGAAGCAAAAAUCCACUUUGAUCCAAAUAUGACAAGCACAAACCGCAUCAUUGCAGCUAUAGAAGAUGCUGGAUUUGGGGCUGAUCUCAUAAGCUCUGAAAGUGAUGCGAACAAAGUGUACCUCAAGAUUGAAGGAACAAGCUCUCCUGAAGAUUUAACGGUAAUAGAAUCUUCCCUCGAGUCAUUGGAAGGUGUAAGCCAUGUCGAAGUCAACCUGAAAGAGUACAAGGUUUCUGUUAGUUAUGACCCUGACUUAACUGGACCAAGGUCCCUUAUUCAACAUGUUUAUGAAGUUGGCAAAGGGUCUUAUUAUGCUAAUUUAUAUGUUCCACCAAAAGGGAAAGACACAGAGAGACGACAUGAAAUUCAGAUAUACAGAAACCAGUUCUUCUGGAGUUGCAUGUUUUCUGUUCCUGUGUUUAUAUUCUCAAUGGUUCUCCCAAUGCUUCCUCCAUAUGGUAACUGGCUUGACUACAAGAUUUGGAACAUGCUAAAUAUUGGCAUGCUCCUGAGAUGGAUCCUUUGCACACCGGUGCAAUUUAUCAUCGGUCGUAGGUUUUACAUGGGAUCUUAUUAUGCUUUAAGACGGAAAUCUGCAAAUAUGGAUGUGCUGGUUGCAUUGGGAACUAAUGCUGCAUAUUUCUACUCUGUAUAUGUCAUUCUAAAAAUGAUAAUUUCAAACACAUUUGAGGGACAGGAUUUGUUUGAAACCAGUUCCAUGUUGAUAUCAUUUAUUCUACUGGGAAAAUACUUGGAAGUUGUGGCUAAGGGGAGGACAUCGGAUGCUUUGGCUAAAUUGAUUGAACUCGCUCCUGACACUGCUUAUCUUCUGUCAAUGGAUAGUGAUGGAAAUGUCAUUUCAGAGAUUGAAAUUAGCACUCAAUUACUUCAGAGGAAUGACGUCAUCAAGAUUGUUCCAGGAGCAAAAGUUCCGGUUGAUGGCGUGGUUAAGGACGGUAAAAGCUAUGUAAACGAGAGUAUGAUCACUGGAGAAGCAAGACCAAUAGCUAAAAGACCUGGUGACAAGGUUAUUGGUGGUACUGUUAAUGAGAACGGAUGCUUACUAGUGAUUGCCACACAUGUUGGCCAAGAGACUGCAUUAUCUCAGAUUGUUCAAUUAGUUGAGUCUGCUCAGCUUGCCAAAGCACCUGUUCAAAAGCUAGCUGACCAGAUAUCCAAAUUCUUUGUACCUGUGGUUGUUCUGGUAGCAUUUAUCACAUGGCUGGGAUGGUUUAUCCCUGGACAGGCUAAUAUAUACCCUAACAAAUGGAUACCAAAAGAUAUGAAUGCUUUUGAAUUUGCCCUCCAGUUUGGGAUUUCUGUGCUGGUGGUAGCUUGUCCAUGUGCUUUGGGACUUGCAACUCCUACAGCAGUCAUGGUAGCCACAGGUAAGGGCGCUUCACAAGGUGUGCUUAUAAAAGGUGGAAUCGCUCUUGAAAAGGCUCACAAGGUAAGAACAGUGGUCUUUGAUAAAACUGGAACCUUAACAAUGGGGAAACCAUCUGUAGUAAGUGCAGUUCUGUUUUCCCAAUUUUCAGUGGAGGAGUUUCAAGAAAUCACUAUGGCUGUUGAGGCUAACAGCGAGCACCCAAUAGCGAAAGCAAUUGUUACACAUGUGAAGAAAUUCAUGAACAAAUUUAAUUCUAAAUCUGUACAUGUUAAAGAGGUAAAGGAAUUUGAAGUUUAUCCUGGAUCUGGCGUGAGAGGAAAAGUUGGAGAAAGGAGGGUAUUGGUUGGAAACAAAAGACUCAUGGCUACUUUUAAUAUCCCUAUCAGUCCUGAGGUUGAGAACCAUGUCUCAGAAAACGAGCAACUGGCUCGUACUUGUGUACUUGUUGCUAUCGAUGCAAACAUUGCUGGUGCUUUCUCAGUGACUGAUCCUGUGAAACCUGAAGCUUCACGGGUUAUAUCUUUCCUACAGUCUAUGGGCAUUUCCACUAUUAUGGUAACAGGUGAUAAUUGGGCAACAGCAAAAGCUAUAGCCUCACAGGUUGGAAUCCAGAAUGUGAUUGCUGAGACUGAUCCUCUAGGGAAAGCAAACAAGAUAAAGGAUAUACAGAUGGAAGGCACAACCGUAGCAAUGGUGGGAGACGGUAUAAAUGACUCACCAGCCUUAGUAGCAGCUGAUAUUGGAAUAGCCAUUGGUGCAGGAACCGACGUAGCUAUAGAGGCAGCCGACAUUGUCCUCAUCAAGAACAACUUAGAAGAUGUGGUAACUGCCAUUGAUCUCUCUCGAAAGACAAUGACACGUAUUCGGAUGAACUACGUAUGGGCCCUAGGUUACAAUGUACUUGGUUUGCCAAUUGCGGCUGGAGUCUUAUUCCCAUUCUUGGGGAUCCGCUUGCCACCUUGGCUUGCCGGUGCAUGCAUGGCUGCAUCAUCUAUUAGCGUGGUCUGUUCUUCCCUUAUGUUGCAACUCUAUAAGAAGCCAUUGAAUGUUUGAUAGUUUUCUAGAUUAAUAAAUUAUUUCUAAUUAGUAAUAGUUUUAAU